UGGAAGCGUCGAGUACUCUCCACUGACUCCGAGGGCGUUCGUCAUCAAAGCAUCCGAAACACAGGUCCGACGACGGCGAUCCGGCCGGGCGCCAGAAGCCGACGGCGGCAGCGAUGGACGGGUCGGACGAGCUGCAGUGCGUGGGGCGGCUGGAGAUCACGGCUCCGCCGCCGGCGCGCUACCUCCGCGUGGGCUCCCUCCCCGUCCCCACCGACGACUCCGCCUGCCUCCCCGCCCUCCUCCCCUCCUCCGCUUCCCCGACUGGGACUGGAGCUCCACGGUACCAAAUGCUUCCGCUGGAGACUGAUCUGAACACACUCCCCGUGAUUCCAAACCUCCCAGAGAAGGUUUUCCCGACGGAUGCGAAGAGUACUGAAGGAUUACGAUUCGGAAGCGGACUAUUCAACCAAAACUUAUCAAGGAAGUGUGAAGCACUAGCUGUGUCAGGCCUAUCCGAAUAUGGCGAUGAAAUAGAUGUAAUUGCUCCAACUGAUAUUCUGAAGCAGAUCUUCAAAAUACCUUACUCCAAGGCACAAGUAUCUAUCGCUGUUAGCCGUAUUGGAGACACUCUCAUUUUGAACACAGGGCCUGAUGUUGAUGAAGGUGAGAAGAUAUUUAGAAGACAGAAUAACCAACCUAAAGGAUCUGAUCCUUCAAUAUUAAAGAAUUUCGCGAUGCACUCUGUGAGGGCAGAGGCUUGUGAUUGCCCACCAAGUCAUCAACCAUCGCAAGACAACCAAACAGCAUCGAUGUUGCAUGGACCUUUCGGUCAUGGGGAGGGUUCCAUUGAUUCGCCCUCCUCAUCUAAUCUUAGCACAUCACAGUAUUUGGAUCAGAAUAUCAGUAAAAAUAGAAAACCGUCACAUGGUACCUGCGAAAGUCUGUACUUCGGUGCAAGGAAAAAUAAUCAAAAAGUUCCAGGAUCCGAUCCCAUUCGGAAAACUACCCGUGUUGGUGAAAACCCCAGAAGUGAUGUUCAAGAAUCUGAGAAAAGUAGGAGAGUGGGGAAUAAUGGAUUUCGGAAAGUUUGCUUUUGGCAGUUCCACAAUUUCCAUAUUCUCUUAGGUAGUGACUUGCUUAUAUUCAGCAACGAGGAAUAUAUGGCAGUGAGCUUGCAUCUAUGGGAUGUUUCGAGACAGGUUACUCCACUGAACUGGCUAGAAGCUUGGCUUGAUAAUGUAAUGGCAAGUGUGCCAGAGUUGGCCAUAUGUUAUCAUCAGAAUGGUGUUGUCCAAGGCUAUGAGCUUCUAAAAAAUGAUGAUAUAUUUUUACUCAAGGGGGUGUCCGAUGAUGGUACACCUGCAUUUCAUCCACAGGUUGUCCAGCAAAAUGGCCUGGCUGUUCUGAGGUUCCUUCAGAAUAACUGUAAGCAAGACCCUGGUGCAUAUUGGCUCUACAAAGGUGCCGAUGAAGAUGUUGUGCAGUUAUAUGACCUUUCUAUGUUACCGGAAAAACAUACUGCUGGUGAUCACAGAUCUAGUCCCGUGUCCUCAUUAAUGAACAAGGGGAGAAGGGAGUCACUUUUCUCUCUGGGAACACUCCUCUAUCGUGUUGCUCACAGGAUGUCUUUAUCCCAGGUACCUAGUAAUAGAGCAAAAUGUGCGAAGUUCUUCAGAAAAUGUUUAGACUUCCUCAGCAAGCAGGAUCACCUGGUUGUCCGGGCAUAUGCACAUGAACAGUUUGCAAGGCUCAUCCUUAAAUGUUAUGAGGAGUUGGAACUGACAACUGAGUCAUUUCUGCUUGAAUCGGAAGUUACUCUUACUGACUUAGAUGAUGAAUCUCCAGAGUUGAGCCUUCCGAAUUUACCAUCAAAGCAAGAUGGUGUAUUGACAGAGACUAGGAAGGAUGAGCCAGCGGCUGUAGAUAGUAUGUUGGAGUAUUCGCAUUCAGAAUCCUCACCUCGUCAUGUUGAUAUUGGUUCUGCGUAUUCAACCGCAAAAGGAGAUGUUUCCGAGGAUAGCUUGCUGAUGUGUCAGGCUGGAACCUCUGAGAUGUCAAAAACCAUUGCUGAUGCAAUCUCCUCUAAGUUAGCAGCCAUACAUCACGUAACACAAGCUAUUAAAUCCCUCAGAUGGAACCGGCAGCUCCAGAACACUCAAGAAGAUUGUGUUGACAGCGCAGACACCAUUUGGGAGAGACCUGUUGAUUUGUCUUUAUGUAGAUGUGGUGAUGUUGAUUGCAUUGAAGUUUGUGACAUUAGGGAGUGGCUACCAAAAUUGAAAAUGGACCAUAAAUUGUGGAAGCUUGCUCUUCUGCUUGGGGAAUCUUAUCUGGCACUUGGAGAAGCAUACAAAAAUGAUGGGCAGCUUCAUCGCACUCUGAAAGUUGUGGAAUUAGCUUGUAUGGUUUAUGGAUCUAUGCCUAAACAUCUCGAUGGUGAUGAAUUCAUCUCAUCCAUUUCCAAUAGUUCACUGUGUCCUAAAGAUUGUGAUCUAAACCCGAGUCUUGCAUUGGAUGAGGCAGAAUAUUUUGAGACAGCAAAAUGUGUCAAUUAUGAAAUCUCUGCUCAACAGUUGCCUCCUAAUUAUUUAUUUUGGGCCAAUGCCUGGAUGCUCGUAGGUGACGUCUAUGCAGAAUAUCACCGAUUGGGUAGCCAUCAAGCACCGAAGUUGCGAGAACAGAAGCUCGAUGGCGAAGUUAGAAUGUCAAAUGAAGUUGCGAUGGAAGUCAAACGGCUUAAGAGAAAAUUAGGAAAAGAUAAGCAGAAUUGUGGAACAUGCUCGCUGAUAAACUGUAGCUGCCAAAGUGAUAGGGCAAAUACUGGCAGUAGUGCAAGCAGUAGCAGUCCUGAGGCCUCUACAUUGUAUGGAAGAAAGAAAAAUAAAAAAGCAUCUGGCAGGAACAUUCGUUCACAGUUUAAAGAAACUAAAGAGAGCCCUAAUACAGAGGAAGCUAUUGAAAGUUCUGAAAAAAUGCAGAACUGUGGGAAUGAUGCUUGUGUUGAGAAAAGCUCAGUAGCAAAUGUUGAAUUUGAUCAUGAUCACGCUAUGGAAAAUCAGUCAAGCAAUGCUGACAGUACUCCUGAUAAAUCUAGCGAAGAUAUUCCCAGUGUGAGGGGUGGUGGUAUUUUCAAGUACCUUGCAGGUCCUAAACCAGGAGAUGCCGAAUACAACUUGUCUUCUGCUAUUCACUGCUAUGGUGCAGCUAAGGGAGCCCUGUUUACAUUUCCUGUCCGCUCAGCAGAAUUUUCUACCAUCCUUAAGAAAAGUGGUUGGGCAUUCAAUGAACUGGGCCGCAUUAGACUUGAGAGUGGAAAUUCGAGUAGUGCUGAGAUUGCUUUUGCUGAUGCCAUUAGAGCAUUUCAAGAUGUCUCUGAUCACACAAAUGUUAUAUUAAUCAACUGUAACUUGGCUCAUGGUAGAAGAGCUUUAGCAGAGAAAUUGGCAUCAAGGAUAGAAGAAUUUCAGAUGUAUGAUCUUCCUGAAGGCUCAUAUAUGCAAUCUGUGAAGUCUGCCAAAUCGGAAUAUUUUCAAGCAAUAAACUACUACACGGCAGCUAAGAAGCAACUGAGGUAUGCUAUUGCUGAGAGUGAGGUUGAUAAAGCACUCCACAACGAAGUUUACACCCAGUAUGCCCACACCCACCUGAGGCUUGGAAUGCUUUUGGCAAGGGAAAGCUUCUUAACUGGCAGCUAUGAAGGUGGGCUUGUUGAUGAAUCAUCUAAUAGAACAGUUCUCGAGAUUUCAGCAAGUGAUGCUUUUCGGGAGGCUUUGUCUACAUAUGAAUCCCUUGGUGAACUUCGCAAACAGGAGGCUGCUUUUGGCCAUUUUCAACUUGGUUGCUAUCAAAGGGACCUGUGCUUGAAGUUCCUGGAUUUGGUUGACAAGGAAGUCAAACAGAAGAAUGAGGAUAAAUAUCGUCAGAAAGCUAAGUGGUACGGUUCACUGGCAGAGAAGAACUGGCAAAAGGCUUUAGAAUUCUAUGGUCCAAAGACACAUCCUACCAUGUUUCUUAACAUCCUUAUGGCGCAAUCUUCCCUUGUUACUAACAUCUCCAAUUCGUUUCACUCUAGUGCGACGCUUGAAGCUGCGCUGAUGCACUUGCUGGAAGGGCGCCAUGUGGUCGAAGCAAACGAGGAAUACUCAAACGACGUGAACCUGGACAUAAAGCCUAAGUUUUGGACCCAGCUGCAGAGCCUGCUGAAGAGCAUGCUGGCAGCAUCACUGCCCGGCAUCUGCACAGGCAGGCCAGCAGCUUCUGCCGGUCAGGCCAACAGCAGCAGCAGAGGAGAUGCCGCAAAGCUGAAGGAGAUGUAUCGUCUGUCUCUAAAAUCUACCUCUCUGGGACAGCUGCACGCGUUGCACAAGCUUUGGGUCGCCUAACACCUCCAGUGCACAAACUGUUACUGUGCAAGUAGCCAAUUAGUAUGCUGCUUACUCAGCAUCUACUUUCUUAUACGUAGUCAGCAAUUCAGCAUCUACUUUGGAGCUUCUGGUCAUUGCCACGAUUUUAUCAUACUGAGCCAUGUUGUAAGGGUAAUUAUGUACUGGAUAUUGCUAUUUGCUAGCAGGUGAAUGAUAGCUGUGUAUAUGGAAUAUAGUAUAAAGCAAACAAGAACUUAUAGGCAUAUGGUUUUACACUUUUACUUUUAGAGAGGACACCUAGUUUUGGUCACAAUCGAAAGUUAUGUUCGCCAUCCCAGAACCAUAAAGAAGGGGGAUCAUGUUGCUGCAAGAGUAGGGCCUCUCGUAUACUACAUGCUGAAGCUCGCCUUGCUGCGCGUCACUUUCGUCUCAUCGCUGUAAAAUGUACUCCCCCUGUUCCAUACGUAAGAUAGUUUGGUCUGGUGGAUUGUUUUCUUAGUGUCUGUUUGGUCUGGUGGAUCAAGGUUUGGUUCGUCA